UCUGUCCCCAGCCCAAGUCUUCAGUACAGUUACAACUGUAUAGCCAAUUACCAUUUGGUUUUUCUUAUAUCAAAUGGAGCUAAAAUAAGGUGUAUUAAUUUAUGGGAUGCUAAGCCACAUUUAGGAGUAGCAGGUGAGGAGGUGCAUUGCUAGAGGGAAAAGAAAGAGGAUUGAAAGUUGAUGGCAGAAGAGAAGUUACAGGAACUAAGAUGUGGCAAGGCAAGCAUAGCUGAAAGUUCGUGGUAGGUAGUGUCGUUACGCCAUGGAGAUUAGAAAGACAUUUGAGGCAGGUCUGGUGGGGGAGCUUGGAGAGAAGUGACAGUAGAAAGUAACUGCUUGGUCUGUAGGGAGGAGAAAUAGGAGUUUCCAAGGAAGAAUUUGCGAUAAAGCAGAGUAGUGGUGAAGGAAAUCUAUCCAGUCCUAGGAUUUUCUGUGAAGGUAGUCAAGACCAGCAAAAAAACAAAUGUAAGUAGUGAGUCAAGGUUGGGAUUGUUUGAAUUAUGAAGGGAAGCAAAAUCAUCCAAAAGAGCAUGGAGGGGUUUAAGAUCCGCAAAAGAGUCGGGUUUCAGCGAAGAGUUGCAGUUAUGAGGAAGUAAGCGAGUAUUAUUAAAUUAAGCCAUGACUAGAGCAGGGAAUGGGAGAGUGAACUGGAGCAAAGUAGUAUGUGAUAAACACCAAAUCGAGAGUAAUAAUGGCCUUGUUUGUUCACCAAAGUAGCUCUGGUUUUGCAUAAAGAGGUGACUCUUAAACUUAUUGAUUAAGCCAAUGAAAAGCCUGUGUGACUGCUCAUACUACAGUUCAGUUUAAACAGGCCUUAUUGGGAGCAGGAGAGUUGAAGGGCCACAGAACUGCAAACCAAGGAUGUUUCAGAGGAGUUAGGUAGUACAUUUUGACAUGUUAUCUUGCAUGCACGGCAUGGGCAGUCAGAGCAAGAAAAAAUGGAUGCCUUAAAUCAGAGUUAUAAAGAAAGUUGAUCACAUUGACUUGGUUACAACCAAGGUACCAGAGAUUGUUUGGACCAUUCAUAAAUAUAGCAGGUUGCCCAUUUUUUGACUGCUUCUUUCCCAAGUUGACCACCUUUGGUCUGCCACCUAAGAUAGCAUUUAAAAUAGCUUUGAAACCUGCAGUCUCUUCAACAACUUAAAAGCAUAAUCAAUUUUAAUAAAGUCUGCCUAAUAAUGACGUAAUAUUAGAUAUAGUUUGGAGAAUAUUGGACCUCUUUUGGACAGUCUCAGCAUGAAUUGGUUUCUGUGUUUUCCACUGCCUUUUCCAGCUUUAAAUAAACAUGCUUCUAUGAUUCUAUUUGCUUUCAGUACAAUUUUUAUGUAUUGUUUGGAUACAUUAUUAGAAAUUUCAAACUGCUUAUACCGUCAAUUUUACAUGCAUACUUGGAAAUGAUUGAUUUUUCUGCACGCUGUCUUCUGAGCUGGGAUCAUCCUGCAAGUUUGUUAUACCCAAAACACAAAAAGAUGACUCCUUUCCCCAUGGGAGGAUAUAAUGCAACUUUAGUCACCCUGCAGAUGUCACAGUGCCAAGAUAUGACUUCUGUGCUUCAGCUGAGCUUGCCCAAGGCUACGUAAAGAUGAGUUAAUCUUUGCUUUGUGGUAUAGGGUGAACUAGAUUGCUUUUAAUACAAGGCAUAGCUGUAUUACUUUGACAUUUGUUGAGAUUACCACCCAAAGCUAAGCAAGGUCGAGGCUUAGUUAAUAUUUGGAAGGAAGACAUCUUCAGGAAACGUGCCUUACAAGAAUGAGAUGUCCUUACUCUGAUCCUAUUCCUUCUGUCAGUGCUGAUCCAGUUCUCCAGCCUGGUGUGGCCUUGCAUUGUAUUUUUGGAUGCAUAAAAGGCCACCGCCAUGAGAGGUCCUGUGCAGCGUGCAAAAUAAGAAGACUACCGAUGAGAAACUACCCAAACUCCACUUUGGACGACUUGGUUCUGUCUGCUUGAGGUUCUUCUGUCUUAUCAAUUGGAGACAGGAUUUUUCACUUCCUGACACUCUUUAAAUAUUGUCACUGUGGUCUGUCACUGACUGUAUUAAAAAUGGCUUGUGGAAAUGAAAACCUAAUUGCUCUGCUGUCUUCCUGAUGAUAAGAUGUAGGAGGGAACUGUAAAAGAUACAAAUGAGUGACUUGAAUUUCUAAUUCUUGGGAACACAGUGAGUAACCUGAUUUUCAUUCUACCUCCACUCUAUGGUGCGAUUCAGUCCUAUAAAGAUGGCCUUGAAAAACGGUAUUUAGCUGCAUAUUUGAGUCUCACAGCUGUGGGAUUGGGAUCUUGGUGCUUCCACAUGACCUUGAAGUAUGAAAUGCAGCUGUUGGAUGAGCUGCCAAUGAUAUACACUUGUUGUGUGUUUGUCUACUGCCUGUAUGAAUGUUUCAAGUACAAGAAUACAGUCAAUUACCCGCUGCUUUGUAUAUUGAUAGGAUACAGUUUUGUAGUCAGCAUUAUUUACCUAAAAUUGAAAGAACCUAUAUUUCAUCAGAUCAUGUAUGGAACGCUGGUCUCUGUGGUAGUCAUGCGGUCUGUAUAUAUAGUGUUAUGGGUAUACCCAUGGCUUAGGGGUCUGGGCUAUACAUCCUUAACUGUAUUUUUAAUGGGAUUUUUCCUUUGGAAUGUAGACAACAUUUUCUGUGAUAAAUUGAGGGCAGUACGAGACAAGAUGCCUCCUGUUGUGGGAGCUGUGACACAAUUCCACGCGUGGUGGCACAUCCUAACAGGCCUUGGCUCUUACCUUCAUAUCCUGUUAAGCUUAUACACAAGGACACUCUUCCUGAAGUACAGACCAAAAGUAAAGUUUAUUUUUGGAAUAUGGCCAGUCCUUCUCGUGGAGCCUCCCAAGAAGCACUGACCAGGAGCACUAGCCAAUGAUGUGUGACCACCUAGCCUGGCUGAAUAAAGAAAUUCUCCAAACCUUGAGGCUGAAUGAAGUGUCAAAUUAUACAUCAGCUCCAAAGUUUCAUAGCAGUGAAAGGACUUCUCUGUAUUACUGGUACCGCCAGGCACAGCACAGAGGGAAGAGUUGGCACAUUAUGGGAAUAAUGUUUAAAGUACAAUUUUAUUCUGAGGUGAUAAAAAGUAAAAACAAAAUAUUUUUAUGUAUAUAUUGUAAAGCUGAAGAUAUCGGGCUAAUAUUUCGUGCUGGUCACUGAAAACUAACUUUUUUUGAAGUGGGCUGCAUAUGUUUUUUCAUUCUGCUGUCUGUCUUCUCUGUGGUUUAAACUAAUAUUAGUAACUGAAUUAUGAAGGCCCGGUGCUGGCCAAGCUUAAGUAUCUAGAUGGCCUUUAGUGUCCUAGAUGCUUGCUCUAAACUACUUUAAGCUUGCACUUUUACAUAGUUUAGUGAAGCAUGUGAUUAUUGAGGGCUCCUUCUACCCUGCUUCUGUCCAGCUGCUUCUGCUGUUUCUAUUCAGUAAGGGCGACAGGGUGCAUGGUGCAAUUCUGCCAAAAUGCAACAGGUUUCCAUUUUCCUUUCAUCCAGAGAUGGGCAGACAUGCCAUGAGGAGUCUUCCAACUCCACCUGCAGAGAAAGCACAUCAGUCAUAUCCCUCAGGGAUCAUUUCGAAAGUUGUUGCAUUUAAAUGUUCUUGCUAAUGUCUUCGCACAAAGGUGAGGAAACUGGAAAUCUGUCCCGAGUCGUGACUGACUAGCAACACAUCAUGAGAAUGCAGAAGGUCAUUUUUGAUUGCUCUGCCUAACCCAAGCAAAUCCUUAUUAAUUCUCAUGCUUCUUAUUUUCUGUCUCUCAUUUCCCAAAUAGCAUUCCAUACCCACAAAUGGGUCUAGCCUUUACAUGGACAAACAAUUUCUAUUCUUGGCUCCUUCCAUAUUUUACAUCUCUUAAAAAAUUAUCACCCAGACAUCCUAAGCACCUAUCAGCCCCCUGUCUUUUGGAGCAAGGGGGGCUCCUCAGUUCUGAAAAAAUCAGGCCUCUGUUUGGUCAUCUCAGCAUAAUUGGUAAUGCUUCAGAUCACUUGUUUGUGAUCUUUCUUUGAUGCAGCCACCAGCUGGGAAGUUUGGGCCAGCUCCUUAUGGCUCUCUUCCAUCACAGUAACCCACCUACUAUGUACCUGUCAGGGUAAGAGAUCCCCUAUAUUUCUGCAGCUGGUCCUCCCUUGUAAAGGGAAAUGAUCUAGCUGAAUCAAUAGGAUUUAUCAAAAUGUGCCACAAAUUUGUGGCCGUGAUUUUGGCCCUCUCAACUGCAGAGAGAUUCAGGAAGUGCCUAGAGCCUCUCAGCCACUCACUCUAUGACUCGUCCUCUAAUAUUAUUCUAAGGGUUGUAUGUCCUCCUGUAUUCUCUUACAUGGUACGGAAGUAGCCCACAACCUUUGGCCCGUGAGCAACAAAACUAAGCAAGUAACAGGCUGCAGACUUCAUAUUUUGCUCUCCCCAUCCACCAGGGCUAUAGUGGUGACAGCCUCAGUUUUACCUUUUAACAUCCUGUGUCUAUGAGCAACAUCAGAGGGCAGCAACAGGCUGGGACCACUGUCCUAUACAUUAAUGUAACACAGGAAUUACCUGUGCUAUUUUGGAAAUGCCACUACCUUUGUACAUUAAUUCAACACGGGCCUACAGAGAUUUUUAGAGCAGCAGGGCAUGGGUAUGCCCAGUGCAGCUGCUUGGAAGAUCUGCACAGUUCUGGUAUGUUCUUUUUUUUUGUUUUGACUUCUUAAAAAAUGGAUGGAGGGCCUGUAAGAUACGGUCUGUAGUAACUAAAAUUGGCUCUUCAUUCUUGCAUGUUUAUCUCUGUUUACAAUUACCUGUGCACCCUCAGGGCCUUCUGUAGUACGACUAAUACAUGGAUCUUUAAUUGAGGUUUGGACAGGCAUGUCAUGAGCUGGUUCUUGAAGUUAAACCAAACCAAGGCCAUGAUUCAGGGGCGAUGCUUACAUCCCAUUGAAGUCAGCAGGUGCAUCUGCAUGUGCUAUUGAGGUGAAAAAAUAAACUUUGCAGUUAUCACGCCAGAGUUUAUUAUUCCCGUGUGCCGCAUUUACACAUGCACCUGGGAUGGCAGCACUCUGAGCCAGGUCACAGCAGCCCCAGCUGGCAAGAGGCCUGAGGAGUCAGCCUACCAGCCCGGGGCUGCUCCACCCCAGCUCAGUGUGCUGCAGAGGGGCUGGCUGGGGCACAAGGGUGCUCCAGUAUGGGGCUAGCUGGCAUGCAGCCCAUGCACUGAAGCAUCUUCGUGCCCUGUCCAGCUGUGUCAGCAUCUACACAUGUAUUGCUGUGCAUGAAAAAAACCUCUGCACCAAGGUAGUGCUUCUAUUUAUGAGUACUACUCUGCUGCAGAGUUGAUUAGUUUCCUGUGGUCUAAUCAGGCUGCACAUGUAGACACAAGACAUUUACUGCGCAGCUAAUUAGCCUACUCUGCAGUGUAGACACAGCCAGAGAGACUUAAACAGACACUUAAACCUAAGAAAAUGCUUUGCAGAAUCAGGCUUCAGAAUUACCUGAAUUGUCCAUGAAGAGGCUUGAGAUCCGUUUUAAAACCACAACUAACAGAAGCUCCUACUGUCAAAACUCCCCAAGAGCUCAUAUUGCCUCUGCAUGCUGCAUUUGGAUCCUUUUCAUCACCUCCUGCCCUAAGGAGCAGUUGAGCAUUUGCUCUGCUGAAUGCAUGCUGCAAGCCACUUGCGUAGGAGCAUCUACUUUGUACCUGCAGCAUGUCGAGCACAUUAGCAGUUGCCGGGGCCUUCCAGCUACUUAAUAUUUAAAACAAACAAACAAAAAAAAGACUUUGUUUUGGUGGCCUUAUUUUUUGCCUUGCAGAAUUUGGGGGCUCUGUGUUUGAGACUUGUCUGUGUGCCCACAGCAGCUGCCAUGGGCUAAAAGCCAGUUUCUUGAUGAGAUGUUUGUAUAAGAUGCUUGAAGAACCAUGCUGAUCAACCUGUGCACUUGUGAGAAACAAGUUAGCACAUGGCUCUUUGGAUUGUGUUAAAUCAGUUUGUCAGGGUAUCAAGGGUAUUUAAAAAUCUGUCCGCAUCAGUUUUUUGCUGCUGCUUGGGGUUUUAUACCUUUCAUUUAAAAAAAAAA